AUGAGUUUUGAAGAAACAGUGAAGACAGCUAGCGCCCGUAUUGAGAAUGCACUUGAUUCACUUGGCCAACCCAUCAAACCCUAUCUUCCUGCUCUGAGCCGCUUUCUGGUUGUGGCAACAUUUUACGAGGAUGCUCUACGCAUUAUUGUUCAAUGGUCUGAUCAAACUCGCUAUCUCGAGGCAGGCCGAGGAUUUCCAAAGGGUCUAUCUCAUAUUUUCUUGCUCUCAAAUAUAAUCGCUAUGCUGGUCUUUUCAUCAACCUUAAUAGCGAAACGUCAUGUCAGUAUAUCUGUCUAUGCAUUAGCAGGUGUAAUUGUAUCUCAAGCCAUCGGUUAUGGACUAGUGUUUGAUAUGGCUCUUUGUUUACGGAACUUUUCUAUAUUGGGCGGUCUUUUACUUUGCCUGUCUGAAGACCUCUUGCGUACCAAAAAAUCCAAAAAUAGUCUCUUUGCGUCUCUUCCAACAUUGUCUGAAACUGAACGCCAUCAAUAUCUUCAGCUAGCCGGCCGUAUUUUGCUUAUCUUUUUGUUUUUAGGGUUCAUUUUACAAGGUACUUGGACUUUUCUUCGUGUUGUGGUCUCAUUGAUGGCUUUGGCGGCUUGCAUUAUGGUAGCCGUAGGAUUCAGAGCAAAAUGGUCAGCUUCUCUAUUGGUUACCUUCCUGAGUGUCAUGAAUGUUGUGGUCAAUAAUUGGUGGACGGUUCAGCAAUCAGCUUACAGUCGUGAUGUAGUCAAGUAUAACUUUUUUCAGUGUCUGAGCAUCGUAGGUGGACUCUUGAUGAUGAUCUCUAUCGGCCCAGGAUAUAUUAGUUAUGACGAAAAGAAAAAGGAAUUUUAA